UGUACAUUUUUCUCUGCAUUAGUCAAAUAAAAGCAGCGCAGUUAUAUAGAAUCUUUCCCAAUCUGGAAACACCAGCUCUGUGAUACAGCCCAGUGUACGUGUGUCUCAGCAUCUGACAUCAGAGGCAGCACUGAGCUGGUAUUCUUGGGGCUUUCCUCUGUGUUUGUUCACUGCCCUACUUCCUGGAAGUAACGCACACACACAAGGGAGGGAGGGUGAAAGAGAGCGAGAGAGAGAGAGAGAGAGAGGCUGAGAGAGAGCGAGAGAGACUCGGAGAAAAACACCACUGCAUACGCAUUUCUGCCUUUUAGAAAGUGAAACCAACCUCAUCCUAAAGCCUUGCUGAAGUAGAAGACUUCUCUCCAUUUUGUUUUUCAGCAUGGACGAAAGUCAGUACGGCAUGAAAAUGUUUGACAGCGAGUUUGUGAUGGACGUCUCCUAUCACCAGUUAAUGCCCUCGUUUGAGAUUAAAAACGAACCCUUUGUUCCAGAAACAGCUCAUGGACCCUACUUGCAGAUCAUCGAGGAGCCCAAACAAAGAGGCUUCCGGUUUCGUUACGAGUGUGAGGGUCCGUCUCAUGGGGGUUUACCAGGUGCUUCCAGUGAGAGGAACAGGAGGACAUAUCCCACUGUCAAGGUGUGUAACUACGUGGGUCACGCUCGGGUCGAGGUGCAGCUCGUCACACACACCGAUCCCCCACGUGUCCAUGCACACAGCCUCGUCGGAAAGCAGUGUAACGAGAACGGAACCUGCAGCAUAGACGUGGGUCCCUCCGACCUCACAGCACAGUUCAGCAAUUUGGGUAUACUUCAUGUCACUAAAAGAGGAGUGGUGGAUGUUCUGACAAAGAGACUGAGGGACGAGAAAAAGAGAGCGAAGCACCCCGGAUACCUUUUUACCGAUACAGAAGAGCAGGCUAUUGUGCGAGAAGCCAAAGAGCUGGGCAAGAGCAUGGACCUGAACAUAGUGAGGUUAAAGUUCACUGCCUACCUUAAGGACAGCAACGGAGGAUUCACCAGAGCACUGAAACCGGUCGUCUCCAACCCCAUCUACGACAGCAAAUCUCCCAAUGCGUCCAAUCUCAAGAUCUCACGCAUGGACAAGUCUUGUGGCUCGGUGUUGGGAGGGGAUGAGAUCUUCCUGUUGUGCGACAAAGUUCAAAAAGAUGAUAUUGAGAUUCGUUUCUACGAGGAGGACGAUGAAGGGGGCUGGGAAGCGUAUGGAGAUUUCUCUCCUACUGAUGUACACAAACAGUAUGCCAUCGUAUUUAAAACGCCAGCCUAUCACAAAGACAUCGAGCGACCCGUCACUGUCUUUCUACAACUCAAGAGGAAGAAGGGUGGAGACUGCAGCGAGCCUAAACAGUUCACUUACGUCCCACAAUUUCACGAUAAAGAGGAGGUUCUGCGGAAAAGGAUGAAGUCUCUUCCCCAGCAGUAUGACCACUGGCGGGGGCCACAGGGUGGUGCAGGAGGCCUGGGCAGAGGAGCUGGGGGCUUUGGAGGUUCUGGAGGAGGUGGUGGAGGAGGUGGAGGAAUAUUGGGAGGAUUUCAGUUUAGUCAUUUGGAUGGCAACUUCUAUGGUGGCAACUGUGGUGGAUUUGCAGGAGGCACACAAAUGGCGGAAUCUGCUCCACAGCCAGAAACGACCCAGGAACAACAGCAACAACAACAGCAAGAAAUUCCCACCAGCUUAACAACAACGCAACAGCUCCUUCACGUUGCCUCGGCUCUACAGAAGCGGUCCACCGCGGCAGCCUUGCACAGUGCUAAGGCCCUGCUGGACUACUGCUGUACAGGGGAUGUACGCUUCCUCCUGACCAUGCAGAGACAACUUUGUGGUGUUCAGGAUGAGAACGGAGACACGCCCUUACAUUUGUCCAUUAUCCACCAGCAGCCAGCAGUGGCCACCAAGCUUAUUCAGACCAUCAUGAACACUCCUCAAUUCAAAUACAUCAACAAGUUCAACCACCUCAGCCAGACCCCGCUGCAUUUGGCCGUGAUCACCCAGCAGCCCAGGUUGGUAGAGAUCUUGCUAAAAGUAGGUGCUGACCCUAACUUACUGGACAGGGACGGACGGACAGCGGUGCAUCUGGCCGCUCUUGCCGGAGACGACGCCAUCCUCAGAGUGUUGCUAAACAUGCUAGGAGAGCACCAUUCUCACCUACUGAACACCGCUGACUUCUCAGGCCUAUACCCACUCCACCUGGCUGUAAGAAAAGGAGGCGAGCGCUGCCUGCGUGUGCUGGUGGAGGCCGGUGCCAAGAUCAACAUGCCUGAACAGAAGAGCGGUUGCACAGCACUACACCUGGCUGUCAAGGAGAAUCUUUUCAAAGUGGCCUGCACUCUCAUCACUGAGCUGAAGGCUGACAUUAACGCAUGUACCUUUGGAGGAAACAGUCCACUGCACUUGGCUGCCAGUCUCGGCUCUCCACCCCUCUGCUCCAUACUCAUAGCAGCAGGCGCAGAUAAACAACUGGAGAAUGAUGAGCCACUCUUCUGCUCCUCCUCAUCUUCUGAUGAGGAAGACCAGGAUGUGGGCAGAGAAAAUGUAGAAGGGCUAAAUGAACAGGACAUAAACAAACAAGUACAAGAACUGUUGAAUUUAUCAGAGAGCAGGCGAAUCAACCCACGCAAGAGACCAGCAGUUGGACACACUCCUUUUGACCUGGCCAAUUGUCAGAAGGUUAGAGAUCUGUUGGAUAGUCCAAAGCCGAGUCACAUUUCAUCCAAAAAGACAAAAAAGAGCACUGAAGAUGUGAGCCAACCUUUGGACACCGAAACAGUCAGUAAGCUGUGUGGAAUCCUCAACAAAAGCCAAGUGUCAUGGAAAGAGCUGGCAGAGAAGCUCGGCAUGCUCACAUUGGCACAACUGUACCAAGACAGCCCGUCACCCUGCCAGAACCUUCUAGAAAACUACCAGUUAGGCGGUGGUCCGUUAGAGGGACUGGUAGAUGCACUGCAGUCUCUCGGGCUGGCAGAAGGGGCCCAACUUCUGAGAAACAAGCAGCCCAGUGAGGACAAGCAAAGCACAGACACAACAGUGGACAGCGGCUUUGGCAGCCAGGAGGCGGACACUCCAACCAUGGCUAAUGACUGAGCAGCGCAGUUCCAUGAAACAAACUGAUUCUGUAUGAUGCUUGAUCAUCAACCUGAUGGAAACUUGUCCUCAACUUGUCACAGUGAAAAACUGACAACCCAGAUGCACACACAGAUCUUUUAGUACUGAGAGAGACUCAGAAGAGCUAUGACCGGUGCUCAGCAGGCCAUCUGUAAGAUAUUCACAGCUCAUGGAAGUUAUUAGAAUGCGAUACUCAGAUAUAACUCAUCUUCAGUAUCCAGGAUGUAACAUUUGCAGUUACCUUGGUACCCUAGAUUGCAAUUAGGAUCUUAUGUCUAUAUUCUAAUGUGUUUGUCUAUGUGUCGAUUUUAGUGUAUUACUAAUACUGUGUAUUUAUAAGAGGAGUGUUUUUAGCUUUAUCUGUGCAAUAGAGCCUUGCUUGAUUGUUUUAUUUUUAUUUUUUGGUACAUGGCACAUAUAAAUGUUUGCUUUCUUGCCAUCAUUGAAAUAAAUAUAUUUGAAAAAUUU